AUGGAAGAAUGGCGCACAGAACACGUGCGCCCGCACGACCGCGAGGCGGUCGCCGAGCUGUGGAAGGCCGCUCUGCCGGCCACGCGGGCCCACGGCUUUACAGUUCCGCAGCGAUUCAUGGAGGUGGCGCACCUGGUCGUGAGGGCGCAGUACAAAGCGGGCGGCCGCAGAGAGGAAAAGGUCGCGGCGUGGACCACCGCGUACAGCGUCCCGGAGGACAGGGCGCAGCGCUUCACGCCGAAGCGGUGGAAGUUCCGGAUGGACGUUUUCGAGGAGAUCGGCGGGGAUGGCGAGGCUGCCAGACGAAACGUCUUCCUCGUCGCGAAGCGCCGUGCCCCGGGCAGCGAAGACACCUGGUCCCCCGCGUACUUCGGCUUCGAUCCCGCGCGUAACACCCUCGCCGCCGUCGACGAGAAUGCAGACCCGCUGGCGAAGAAGAUCGCGCAGGAGGUGGAGGCGUGCCAGCGUCAGCGUAUUGCUGCUGCUGCUGCUGCUGCGGGUCCGAAUAAGCGGCAGAAGAUGCCCGGUGGUGGUGGACGGGCUGCUGCUUCGAAACAAGCUUCGGCUCCGAGCAAGAAGCAGUCGACUUCCCCCGGCAAGAACCAACCGUCCGCGUCUACCCCGAGCAGCAAAGGCGCGAGCUCUGCCCAGGGCGAUCGGAAGUGGAAGGCGGAGGCCAUUGUCAUUGACGACUCGGACGACGACGACGACGACGACGACGACGACGACGACGACGACGAAGAUCCCGAGUACGGCGACCCUGAGCUCAAGAUCGAAAACCGGAACGAAGCGACGGCGCCGCAGCCGCAACCCGUUGCGCGCACCACUGCGGUGCAGGCUCCUACCCAGGCUUCGCGCACUUCAGGUCACGCUACGCCGACCGAGACUCGUCAGGUCGACCGACAAGGCCUCGAGCUGGAGGAGGCCAGGGAGGAGAUCAGGAGGCUGAAGGCUGACAACAAGCGCCUGGAGACCACGAACAAGGUCCUGGGAGACAACAUCGUGGUGCUGGAGGAGAAGCUGCUGGAAGCGAACGAGAAAUUGCGGAAGGCGAAUCGGAGGCGCUGA